GGUCGUAGUGGAGAUGUAGUGAUUCAGGCAUUGAAUGAUUUGGCACGGGAGCGCGGUCUCAAUCGAACAUUUCUUGAUUCUGCAAGUGGGGAAGAGAAAGUGGCUUGUGUGACAGACUACUUGAGUGCACUCUCGAAUGCAGCUGUGAAAGGGGGAGUGUGUGGGUGUUGUGGCAGGGACAUAGGGGCUGGGGCUUGGAUGGAGGUAGCAUUUGCCGAUAUUCCAAACGUUCAUCACUUGGAGCCACAUCCUGUCCAUGAGGGCAUGCAGUUGACCUCGGGGCUCUUAGUGAUCAAAGCCACCAUAUGUGAAACGGAGGAGGGAGCAUGGUAUAUGGGGGUGUGUUAUGAGUGUCUAGCGUCAUUGAAGAGAAACAAGAAGCCUCUUUUUUCUUUGAUGAAUGGGUUAUGGGUGGGAGACAUACCCGAUGAGAUAGCUGAUUUAACAAUUCCUGAGCAGAUGCUACUCGCUCUGGUCUAUCCUCAUUGUUUCAUGUUCAAGAUGCAUCCAGUUAAUUCUCGAGGGAUCGAUCCAGACUCGAUGCAACGUGGAAUGGUUGGAAAUGUUAUGAGUUACGACAUGGACACAGGAGAGAUCAUUGAUAUGCUGGAAGGAAGAAAGAUGCCUCGACGCACCCAGAUUCUCUCAUCUGUCAUCACCAUGACAUAUCUGGGAUGAGGGCAUCUGCCGAAGCAUUGGCUCAAGAGCACUUUCCGCAUCCGUCGUAGGAAGGUACUUCUUGCAUUACAGUGGCUGAUUGUGAACAAUCCUUGGUAUGCGGGAUUUGAAGUGGACAUGGAUAUAGUAUCAUCCCUUCCAGAGGAUGAUGUGCCAUUAGAGAUU